AUGAACGCAAAACCCACAUCCUUCGACGACACUGGAAGUGUUAUUGCCCUGACUCAAUGGAUUGAGAAAAUUGAGUACAUUUUCGAAAUCUGUUCCUGUUCCGAAGCCAACAAAGGAAAAUUCGCCGCUUGCACUUUCGCCAACAGGGCAUUGACCUGGUGGAAUGGUCGGGUCAAAUCUCUAACCCUACCAGUGUCAAACGCUAUGGGUUGGGAGAGUUUGAAGGAAAUUCUACUUGUUGAGUACUGCCCUCGGGUCGAAUUGCAAAAACUGGAGCACGAACUUUGGAACCUAAAGAUGAAGGGUUCCGUUGUUGCCGCCUACACUUCUAGGUUUGAAGACCUAGCGCUCCUCUAUCCGGGAAUGCCAACUAAGGGAAAUGUUUUGGCUGCGAAGCCAAACACCUUCGACAACGCUAAAUGCCUGGCACAAACUCUGAUUGAUCAUGGAGACAGUCUCGGUGAAGUGGCCACCGCUCCUGAACCGGAAAAAAGGAGUGCUGACAAAAGAAAAUUCUGGAAACAGAAGAAAGUUCAAUCUUCGCAGGAGCCCUCGAAGAAGCAGCAAACAGUAGCAGUCCAAGCUGCUACUACCCCUAUUGCUACUGCUUCCACUCAAGCACCUACCAGUAGAUAUGUUGGUACCUUCCCUCGGUGCGACAAGUGCAACUACCAUCAUCUCACUUCCAGCCCAUGCCGUGAGAUGCUCUACAACAACUAUGGCAAAAAGGGCCACACUGCUCGAAACUGCAAAUCACCAGCAAAAAGUUAUUCCGUCACUGUAACCCAUUUCCGUUUGUGA